UGAAAACUUGCAAAUAUGUUUGAUCCCUGUAUAUCACUGAGUCCACCAUGCUUCACUGAAGAAGACAGAUUUAGUCUGGAAGCGCUUCAGACAAUCCAUAAACAAAUGGAUGACGACAAGGACGGAGGGAUCGAAGUGGACGAGAGUGACGAAUUUAUAAGAGAAGAUAUGAAAUAUAAAGAUGCUUCGAAUAAGCAUAGUCAUCUGCACAGAGAAGAUAAGCACAUAACUGUUGAGGAUUUGUGGAAACAAUGGAAAACAUCAGAAGUUCAUAAUUGGACCCUUGAGGAUACCCUGCAGUGGUUGAUAGAAUUUGUUGAACUCCCGCAAUAUGAGAAGAAUUUUAGGGAUAAUAAUGUGAAGGGAACAACACUUCCCAGGAUAGCAGUUCAUGAAACUUCAUUUAUGAUUUCCCAGUUGAAAAUCAGCGACCGGAGUCACAGACAGAAACUUCAACUCAAAGCACUUGAUGUGGUUUUGUUUGGGCCUCUGACACGCCCACCUCAUAACUGGAUGAAGGAUUUUAUUCUCACAAUUUCCAUAGUAAUUGGUGUUGGGGGGUGUUGGUUUGCAUAUACACAAAAUAAGACAUCAAAGGAACAUGUUGCAAAAAUGAUGAAAGACCUAGAGAGUCUACAAACUGCAGAGCAAAGUCUCAUGGACUUACAAGAGAGACUUGAAAAGGCACAGGAAGAAAACAGAACUGUUGCUGUAGAAAAGCAAAAUCUAGAGCGAAAAAUGAUGGAUGAAAUCAACUACGCCAAGGAGGAGGCCUGCCGGCUGAGAGAGCUGAGGGAAGGUGCAGAGUGUGAGCUGAGCAGACGCCAGUAUGCAGAGCAGGAGCUGGAGCAGGUCCGCAUGGCUCUAAAAAAGGCUGAAAAGGAGUUUGAAAUGAGAAGCAGCUGGUCUGUUCCUGAUGCGCUUCAGAAAUGGCUUCAGCUAACACAUGAAGUCGAAGUACAGUACUACAAUAUUAAGAGACAGAAUGCUGAGAUGCAACUAGCCAUCGCUAAGGACGAGGUUGCUGCCUCAUAUCUGAUGCAGGCAGAAAAAAUUAAAAAGAAGAGAAGCACAGUCUUUGGGACCCUGCAUGUUGCGCAUAGCUCCUCCCUGGAUGAAGUAGAUCACAAGAUUCUGGAAGCCAAGAAAGCGCUCUCUGAGCUGACAACGUGUUUGCGAGAGCGGCUUUUUCGCUGGCAGCAGAUUGAGAAGAUCUGUGGCUUUCAGAUAGCUCACAACUCUGGGCUCCCCAGCCUUACCUCCUCUCUGUACUCUGACCACAGCUGGGUGGUGAUGCCUAGAGUCUCCAUCCCACCCUACCCUAUUGCUGGAGGAGUCGAUGACUUAGAUGAAGACACCCCCCCAAUAGUGUCACAGUUUCCAGGGACCGUGCCUAAACCUGCUGGGUCUUUAGCCAGGAGCAGUAGUUUAUGCCGCUCUCGUCGAAGCAUUGUGCCGUCCUCCCCACAGUCCUUGCGAGCUCAGCUUCCUCCACAUGCUCCUCUGGUAGCCCACCCUCGGCAUCCUCACCAUCCCCAGCAUCCCCAGCACUCACUACCUUCCCCAGAUCCAGACAUUCUGUCUGUGUCAAGUUGCCCUGCUCUGUAUCGGAAUGAAGAGGACGAGGAGGCCAUCUACUUCACUGCUGAAAAACAAUGGGAAGUACAAGACACAGCUUCAGAGUGUGACUCCUUGAACUCUUCCAUUGGAAGGAAACAGUCUCCUCCUUCAAGCCUUGAGAUAUACCAAACAUUGUCUUCUCGAAAGGUAUCAAGAGAUGAGCUUUCCCUGGAGGAUUCUUCCAGGGGGGAUUCGCCAGUGACAGCAGAUGUCUCCCGGGGCUCCCCUGAGUGUUUGGGACUGACAGAAACCAAGAGCAUGAUCUUCAGUCCUGCCAGCAAAGUAUACAAUGGCAUCUUGGAGAAAUCCUGUAGCAUGAACCAACUUUCUAGUGGCAUCCCGGUGCCUAAACCUCGACACACAUCAUGUUCCUCAACUGGCAAUGACAGCAAGCCAGUUCAGGAAGCCUCGAAUGUUUCCAGAAUAAGCAGCAUCCCACAUGACCUUUGUCAUAAUGGCGAGAAAAGCAAAAAGCCAUCAAAAAUCAAAAGUCUUUUCAAGAAGAAGUCUAAGUGACUCAGCGACUUGAUGGAAUUCCAUUCAAGUGGCAUCUGUGAACUUUAUCUCCCACCCUCCACUCCGUUUUUAUUUUUAUUUUAGGAAUGUAACUCCAUUGGGGCUUUCCAGAGUUGAUGCCAUAGUGGAAAUGUCCUUAAGGGCAACUGUCUACUGUCCGAUGAUUUAACAGACUACGCCAUCAAUUCAUCAAGGCCGCCAUUACCGAAGAGUCAUCGAGAGGAGACAGUCAAUUUACAGUUAUUUCCGCCUAUUUAUUUCUGCAUUGAUGUUAGUGAUGUAUACACAGCAUUCUGUUGAAAGCCGCUAUGGACUUACAAGCUUUAAUGGACUGUAAGCCAGCAUGGGCUUGCAAAAAUUUCUUGUUUACCAGAAUAUCUUCUUAUCUUUCCACAGAGCUGUUUCCAUCAUGGACUAAAUAACUUAAAAGAAGUAAAACUAAUUGCACUACUGUUUUCCAGACUGGAAAAAAAAAAAUCUCUGCAAGUAAAACUGUAUAGAGUGUAUAAAAUGUGGAUAGGGGACUGUUUUCACUUUUAGAUCCAAAUGGGUUUUUAAGUAAAAACUAGAGUUUCUAAUUGACUUGCUUUCUGGAAAUGAAAACCCACACUUUUAUUAUGGGACGCUUCUUCAAAUGCAUUUAUUAUAAAGUUUCAAGUCCUGCUGUAAAGAUCAUGUUUUGUUUUCCCAGGGCUUUCACUGUGAUUUACUGCACUGCAGGCUGUAUGAUAAAAUAUAAAUAAUGUAAAGAGAGAAGGCUCUUGAUUCCUUAUACACAUGAAGAGUUCAAACUUGAUGGAAGGACUUAAAACAUUCACAUGCUUAAACUGAGAUGGGGGUGGGGAAUCGGGCACUUGUUUACAGACUUUGAAUAAAUGCAAAGGAUUUAUGGUUUGAAAAAUUUGUACUGUGGAAAAGAUAAUAAAUUGGAGACAUUAUUGUG